GCGCGCGUGCACGACACCGACAGAGCGCGUGCGCUGGAGCGCCUGGUAACAGGCAGCAGAGACGAAGGAAACUCCUCCCUGUUGACAAGCAGCUCUCCAGCCUUCAGCGCGAUGGUCUCCUGGAUUAUUUCUAGGCUUGUGGUGCUCGUAUUUGGGACGCUUUACCCUGCGUACUCUUCAUAUAAAGCUGUUAAAUCGAAAGAUGUGAGAGAAUAUGUAAAAUGGAUGAUGUAUUGGAUUAUAUUUGCACUGUUCACUACAGCUGAAGUGAUCACAGAUAUAUUUUUGUGCUGGCUUCCGUUCUACUAUGAGCUCAAAAUUGCCUUUGUGGUGUGGUUACUUUCACCAUACACAAAGGGAUCCAGUGUGCUUUAUAGGAAAUUUGUCCACCCCACAUUGUCCUCUAAAGAAAAGGACAUUGAUGAAUACCUGUGCCAAGCAAAGGACAAAAGUUAUGACACUCUGGUGCAUUUUGGAAGAAAAGGCCUGAAUGUGGCUGCCACAGCUGCAGUGAUGGCUGCUACCAAGGGUCAGGGUGUGCUAUCAGAUCGGCUGCGGAGUUUCAGCAUGCAGGACCUGUCCUCCUUGCAGUCAGAAGGUCAGGCAAGAAGCCCUGCUUCAGUCAUCACUCAGCAAGCAUCUAGCCAGCAACACAGAACACGGGCCAUGAUGCGCAGCAAAUCAGAGACUGGCUACAGCAAGGCCUCCUCCUAGAGCCUUAAGACCUGUCACCAGAUCCAGAUCAAAGAACACCCUAUCUCCAAACCCUGAGGCCAUGUGACUGUGCGUACGCUGCGAGACUGCUUUAGCUGCCUUAGCUGCAACAUGAGGACAUGGAACAAAAGAGGAGACAGAUGGGGGGGAAAAAAUGCUUGGGAACGCAGCCAAAAAGAUCAAAUAUUUAAAGCAGCCUUGUUCUUGAACGAGGUAACCAAAGCGAUGUGCAACCUUUUCGCUUCUGAUCUUUGACACUGGAGGGGGGGAGGGUGUGCUGAGGUAACUUGUGUAUGCAGCACCAUUCAAAGACUCGAACACUUUUGAACCUUUUUUUGUGUUGUACAUAUUUACCAUACGUGAGUGUUUUCUUUAAUUCAUAUAACAUUGGGAGAGACAGAAGCAUGCAUGUCCCUCUGUCAGUCAGUCAUGAAAACAACACCAGAAUGUAUUGUCUGUCAGCACCUAAGCGUUGUACAGUAGCCAGUAUGGUCACCCAUGGAGGUGCGGCCCUCUCCAUGUCUUAAAGGGCUACUCUCCAUUGGGUUUUCUAACACUCUCUACCUACCCUCUUGUCCAGAGCACAGGUGGGUAGUCAUAGUGCAAAGCAAACUUUAGUGCACAAGUUCAGGUGAGGUUAUGGCUUUUUUUUUCUUUAUUUGGAGAAAUCUCUGUUGAGAUGUAGCAAGGCCUCAGAGCAAAACAAUCCAUCAACAAACUCAAAUGUUUGUUUACCAAGAGUGACUUUUAUAUGCAGGCUUGUAAUUUAACCAAAAAAACCCAAAAAAACAGAGACAGCACGAUAUCACUUUUUCUUUUCCAAUACUGAUGCCAUAAUUUUGAGUAUCAGCCGAUACCAAUUUAAUGUUCCUUCUUUAAAAACUGUGGACCUUUCAAAGUUUUUAACGAAACGCCUCACCCAAGAUGAGCAUUUAAAAGUAGGUCAUUAUGCUUAAACUACGGAAACACUUUGCUACCCCAUAGUAAAAAAACACACAGCUAACAUCACCACAUAUCGGCCCUUGUUCAUCAAAGUUCCGUACAGUCAAAUCUAAUCAAUGAGCGCGCUCAAAUUUCACUGACAGGUUUGCUAUUUAUCAUUUUUAUACUUGGCAUGAUCAAUCUUGCAUCUAGUAGAUUAAUAAUCACACUACACUAACACAUCAUUAUGUUUUAUUUACAUUUUACUAUUUCCAGUCGUAAUUUAAACACUAUAACAAUAUUUGAUCAAAAGGGAAGCGGUACACUCGCUGCUCAACCUCAAACUCCAGCUAUGAGCUCAGCCAUUGGCUCACUGAAUACUUUUGUUUUAUUGACUCCCAACCAAAACAUCUGCAUGAAAUAGGAUAUGCUUCAUGUAAAUGAAUACAUCACUGCAGGGGGUCAAAUCUGCGCUCUUUUUUGUGCAACUUUGAUGAAAAAAGGCUAUUGUGAGUGAGUGCUGUCUUAGGAUAGAUUUGUUGGAGGAUUUGAGCGCAUUUGUGUUUUUCCCUCUGAUAUCUGAUUCAACUUUGUCUGUUGAUAUCGGCUCGAUGCUGAUAUCUGGUAUAGGAUCAGUGCAAUCUUUAGUUGUCAGUAAUUACGUUUACAUGCACACCACUGGAUUAAUAUUAGUCUGAUUAGGACUGCUAGUCUAAGCUAUGAUCAUGCAAACAGCAUGAUUCAACUGUAAUGGUCUGAUUAAAGUCUUCGUCGACUCAAGUUUUUUAAAACUGAAACGUGAUCCAGGCAGAUAUUAGCUAGAAUAUUAGAGAUAGAUUUAGACAUAUAAACACUGAAAUCACCUCACUGAGUCAAGCGUGAAGCUCUUGUAACAUUUUGCGGCUUUGUCUGUAUUACUGCAAAUGCAAACAACAGAAGGUGACGCCAAGGCCUUUUGCAGAGAGGAAGAGAUGUUAAGUGUUGUCAGAAAGCGACGUGGUUAGAUGUUUAAAUGGAAGGAGAAAAAAGGAAAACAAAUAUAUUAAACAGAGGAAAACUCAUGCAUAGAUAAAUAUAUAAAUAAAUAUAUAAUUAAGGAAGCAUUUCAUGAUAUAAAAUCAGACUGCGGUGAUGUACAUUAAUGAGACGAUAAAUGGACUGUUCCUUCAUACUGGUAAACAUCUUGGUUCAGUCUAGUUUCUUAGACAAACUAAGAACUUUUGUUCUUGUGUGCAUUUAACAUAAUUAAUGAGGAUAUCAAUCAAGACAUGUAUAUAUAAUAUAAUCAAGAAAGGACAAUGUGCAAUGCUGUAACUUUACAGCCGACUCUAUGAAAUAUUGGAAUAUAAAACGCUAACACUUACUUCCGUCCUCUUUGCAUUAUCUGGUUAUACCAUUAAUAAUAAGACAGUUUAUGAUUAUGGAUGAUCACAAAAGCAAGGAAAAUUGAUCAAAUAUGUAAUAACAUUUAUUCAAGGAAAUUCAUUACAACUUUGAGGAAGAUAUUGCCUGAUUUAGUUGUUAGUUGUAAUCGAGUCAUCAUUUCACAGUUGCAAAAAUUUUUACAUUAUAUGUUUAGGACCUUAUUUAAAUAUCUCUGAUUAGUGCAAAUAGACUGAAUGUCACUAUAGUUUCAGUUGCCAUGUUAAUUGUUUGUUCACUUUUCUAAACUUUGGUGUUGCAUGAAUUCACAUCAAAUGUGGACAGUAUGAGUGGGUUCUGUUUUUUUGCCUCUUCAUGUGUUUUGGGGUCCUCUGUAUUAACACGUUUAUGUACCAUAUUAGAGCUUGAAUGAGCAGUAGUGGAGCUCUGUGGUGGUCAUUGUUACAUACAUACUGGAUUGUGAAUACGGUACAGUACAUCAGUACUUCACACACUAAGUGUAGUUUAGUUCUUGUAGCAUUCACAUAUUUAGCCAUAGGUGGGAGCCAAAGAGCCAGGCCCCUUACAUGUCACAACACUGUGCAGUCACACUGUUAUACUUUACUGAGCAGUUCAAACUGAGCACAACUCAAAGUUGUGGCACUCCAUCUUAAAAAUGCAUGUUAGGAUCAAAUGUAAACUGGAGCUGUACAACCCCCCACCCCUGAUCAGUGACAGCGCUUUGAAACCUCCUGAAGGCACAUCUACCACUGUUCUCCACUGGCCCAUGUCAAAGGGAAUUUCUGACAAUGUAUCUAUUGAGUUUAGAAUAUGAUGACAAUCAUAGUUUAUUUUGAACUGUUGAGUUUCUUCAGAAAUCAGGUAGCAAAUGCUUAUAUGGGUUUGUGGCUACAGAAAUUAAUCUUUUUUUCAGUAGUGUGGUUAGCGUUAACUAAAUAACUGCCUCAGGUAUAGUUUGUUUCAUUUUAAACAGGAAUUCCACCAAUUUUGCAAAAUUACUAUAUAAUUCAAUCAUGGUCAUUCAGAGCAGGCUGAUAUGAUAUGGUUUGCUGUAGACAAACUCGGAUUUAUUUACAGUGAACUGGGGUUGUAACAUCCGCAACAUAAAUAUAUCCAUUUUAUUUACUGUCAAAAAUAUCCAGUGAAAAUGUAUAAUACAUGUAUAAUAGAGCAAAUCCGCCAAAAUAGUAAAUAAAUAAUAAUGAUAAUAAAUUUUAAAAAAUGAAAAGGUGUCUUUAAGUACUAUUUUGCCUUACAACACCCUGCAUGUACCUCUCUGGAUUUUAAAAAUCUAUAUUUUAACCCAAAACUAUUUCAGAAGUCUCAUUAAACUGUAUUUGUAUGUUUAUCUGUAAUCACUUAAGGUUAUAGCUUUUUGUAAAGUAUCUAUUAGAAGUGUUAAACUCUCAGAUUCCUGGUUCCUAUCACAACCACUGUGAACAAUUCUGACUCAUUAGUUUCUAGAGAAUGGUGCAUUUCACAUCAAACCUUUCUGAAUGUUAUUUACAUGUUUAAGAUUGAAAUAUGCAGAACAUUUUAAAAAUUGGUGGAAUUCCCCUUCCUACUGCUGUAUGUUUACACUUUAAACUACUGACAGUGAAAAAGAAGGGCAGAAUCAAACACAGUAAUUUUGGCAGCAGACAGACCAUUAGAAAAACAUGUACAUUUUAAAAUGAAUUAAAAUGUUUCUGAAUGCUGUGUGUCAGACCACUUCGAUGACUGUCUUUAGCGUCCAGCCUGCAUCAUUUUUGCUGUACAAAAUCUGCAUGAAAUAUUUCCUACCACUCAUUUAAGUGCUCUGUGUGAAUUCAUUGUCGGCCUCAUCUGAUGCUACACUGAUGGUAGUAGUCUUAGAUUGCUUGAAUAUUGUUUUUGUUUUUUUCUUUUUCGUUAUAUAAGCAAGUUAUUAAAGGCACAACCUUUCCUACUGCCUGAAAACCAGGCUAACCGCUGAAAUGCAUCUAUUCCACAUGUAUGUGUGUGAAGCUUAGACCAACUUUAAGCCUUUAAUAUUCUAUUCAAACCUGAGAAAUGUGAGAGCGGUGUCCUUGUGCUUUAAUAUAAAUUACUCUAACAGAGGUCAUGCUUAAAGUAGAGGCUGUGCCUUUAAAGACUAAUAAGCCUUUAUUUUAUUCAGUGUAUUUUGACUUUGAAAUAUUGUUAAUUUUUGUUAAUCUAUGUGUUAAAAGCUCCCUGUACUUGAGCCAGAUUGUUUGAAAGAGGAAGAAGUAAAGAAAAUGUCAAUAUG